UGGUGGCAGUGUGUUCACCGAAACUGCUGCACACAAAUAGCACCAAAGAAGAUGAACAGAAGGCCAGUACCUGCGGUUCGUGAGUUGAGCGCAAAUAAUUGAAGAAAGUGGUUCGGUUAAAUCAUGUCCGCUGACCCCAAGAUUGCGGAGCUGCUCACUGAGCUCCACCAGCUCAUCAAACAGACACAGGAGGAGAGGUCACGCAGUGAACACAACCUGCUCAACAUCCAGAAAACACACGAGAGGAUGCAGACUGAGAACAAGACUUCUCCGUACUACCGCACCAAGCUGAGGGGGCUGUACACCACGGCCAAGGCAGACGCUGAGGCGGAGUGCAGCAUUCUGCGUCACGCCCUCGAUAAGAUCGCAGAAAUCAAGUCUUUGCUGGAGGAGCGGCGGAUCGCUGCAAAGAUGGCGGGCGUUUACAGCGACAGUGACCCUCCCAGGAAGACGAUGAGGCGCGGUGUCCUCAUGACGCUCCUCCAGCAGUCAGCCAUGACACUUCCUCUGUGGAUCGGCAAGCCAGGGGAGAGCCCUCCUCCUCUGUGCGGGGCGACCCCUGCGAGCAGCGACUACGUGGCCAAACAGGGAGACAAGGUGGCGGCGAGGGUGAAGAGCGUGGAGGGCGACGAGCAGUGGAUCCUGGCUGAGGUGGUCAGCUACAACCAUUCCACCAACAAGUACGAAGUGGACGACAUCGACGAGGAGGGCAAAGAGCGGCACACGCUGAGCAGACGGCGGAUCAUCCCUCUGCCGCAGUGGAAAGCCAACCCGGAGACUGACCCUGAGGCGCUGUUCAGUAAGGACCAGCUGGUGCUGGCCCUUUACCCUCAGACCACCUGCUUCUACCGAGCGCUGAUCCACACGCCGCCGCACAGGCCUCAGGACGAUUACUCGGUGUUGUUUGAGGACACGUCGUACCCUGACGGUUACUCGCCACCACUCAACGUGGCCCAGCGCUACGUGGUCGCCUGCAAAGAGAACAAGAAGAAGUGAGCGGCGGCGGGACCAAACAUCCACGUUUAUAAGAACACGUGUUCCUCAGUGUGAUGCUUGUAUCCUUGGGACUGAUGUUGUUUCCUGUCAGCUCUCAUCAGAGUGGGAUCUGUAUUGAUCAGCUGAUCAGAUGGACAGAUGUUGAACAGCAGGAAGCACUCCAGAAGAAAAAACGUUUUUUAAAUUUAUUUUCAGGAAGAAAAAAAAACUAUCAUUCAUGUUUUAUUCAAACUGUUUGUUUUUUAAUGUGUUCGUGUUUGUUGUUGUUUAAAAAGACUGUGCACAG